UUCGGUGGUGGUGGUAUGCAGAAACGGAUUGCCCGAGCUCGAGCGACCUGUCACCCGCAGACAAACCGUUCAAAGCCAUCAAGCAUCUCGUGUUUGGCACUAAGUUUUUUUUAUUCCCCUUUGUGUAAAAUCGAAUGAGGGACGAUUGAGAUAAAGGAUUGAAAUGGCUCGACUCUGCCGGGCUUUGUGCCUGGUUCUCAGCGCCGCAGCUCUCGUAUCCGCCAGUUCGAUCCUACCCCGUCACGCCGAUGAGGAAUCCCUGAAAAGCGCUCUCGACGCGGUCACGAGAAAACAACGAUCGCUCGACCUCUCGCACCACGAUUAUUACAGCGACUUAGAAAACUUCAAGUAUCGUCCGAACGAGCCUGGGAACGAAGACCCCUUCGGCAGGCAACAGGACCAAGACUCGGCGGACGACGAGGACGAAGCCCUCGAAUUCUUACCGAUCGAAAAUGGUCAGCUCGAGAACAUCGGCGGCGGGUACCAGAAUUUCAACAGCAAACGAUUGGAGCGAGCGCUUUUAGAUUACCUGGAAAACUCUCCGGCCCAGAGAGAAACGGUGUCGUCCUCCUUUCGAGAACGAGAAAGAACGAGCGGUCACAAGAGGGCGUUGCCGGGCGAGCACGGAGGCUCGAGCGGCGAACCGGACAAGGAGUUGGCCGAGUUAUUGUACAAGGAGUUGGAAAAGGGUCCGAUGUACGGGGGCGGAGGUAGCGGCGGCGUCACAGGAAUGGGGGAGAACCAGGAUUACCUGUUGUGGGACGCGUUGCGCUCGAACUACGACAGGUACGUCGGAGAGCAGGCGAAAUCGGGUAGAAACAAGCCCUGGGAUACGAGUUCGGAUGCGAUGACGUGGGGGGAGAUAUUCAGCAAGCAGGAAUCGUCCAAGGGUCGUGGUAACAAGAAAAUAUUGAGGGACGAGGGCAGCGACGAGGAGGGUGAGGAGUCGAUGGCGAACAGCGAUUUUGGUAAUCGGGAGCGCGAUCAGGACUGGGCGUACCUGUUGCCGACGGAGCGGAGGAACGUAAACGGUCGUUACCCGAUAGGCCGCGAGUACGGAGUCCUGUUGAAGCGUUAUCCGUUGACGAAGAGGAGUCCGAAGCCUUUGCACCACGAGAAAGAGCCAACGGGGGUGAUAACCGACCCCAAAGUCGCCAAGGACCUGGGUCCUUUGUUCGGAGCCCAGAAAACAGUCGGUUCCAAAGAUAAUCGAACGGAUGAUAAGAAGGUAUUGAGCUCCGACGAGGAGAAGCGCGAUCGCGAUCACGAAAACGAUGAUAAGGGUCACGAGCACGAGCACGACUCGCCGUCGACCCCGGCGACGGAGUCAGUUCACAAAACCCCUUCCACGGAAGGCCCAAAGAGUCUGAUAAACUCGCCGAAAGUUCCUCCGGGUCAGAAGGAAAUAACGAACCCAAACAGCCGCAGUCACGCCCCGACGAAAUUGCUGAACAAGCGGGAUCACCGGGAUCACCUCGAGUUGGCCAAAAAGAACAUCGACUGGUCCGACUAUUUCGGGAUCGAUCGCAGGAAGAAAAAGUCCGCUCUGCUCGCUCGACCCGGCAGCCAGGACCAGGACGACGAGUGGAUGCUCCAACGCUAUUACAAAACAAUGGCAGAGAAUCUGAAAUCCGCCGAGGAAGAUGCCCACCCGGACAAGGACAACGAUGAGAAGAGAGAUAAACUCGAUCAAAUGGACGAUCGGCUUAAAAACGUCAAGAAUCUCAUCGUCGAGGACGCCCUCAAGUACGGCAGAGAGGGAAACUCCCAAGAAGCGGACGCCGUCGUUAUGACACGCUUGGCUGCCGCUUAUUCCCUAGAGAAAAUGCGGAAGGCUCUCGAAGAAUUUCGUACCAACAUCGCCGCCCAACGAGACCUUAUGAGAGCCGCCCACGCUAAGAACAACGAAACGCACCAUUCUCGCGACAGAAACGACGAUAAGAACGGCAGUGACUACCUUAAACGCAGCGGACACGGGAUCGUCGAUGACGACGCUAAUUACGGAGGAAGAAACAUCGAAGGUUUUGACGAAGGCAGAGGUUGUCCGGUUCUCGACGCAAUGGUUCAUCGAUGUCCCCGUCCUGGUCUCGGUGGUAAAUUGAACGGAAUUCACGAGCUGUGCAUCAUGCAUCAGAUGUGCCAUGCUUGCGACAACGAGGAGGAAGAUUGUUCCCGUAUGUUUGCCCUCGGGGCGGAGAAAAUAUGUGAGGCAGCGGAGGACCCGAGAAACUGUUUGCACAUUGUUUCGUACUGGGCGAUACAACCGUCGCCGAUGGCGAUUGCAUCAUGUCACGCAGGCCCUGAAUCUUGUCUACGGCGAUCUUAUCGUUACCGUCAUCGUGGAAUUUAUUAUCAGAACGGUUGGCUGCCUUACGUCCCUCUGGACGUUUCUCAGUUGGGUGAACGAUAAGAUCGUCGUCGCUGUGUUUCUUUUUCGAACGUUUAAACGCUCGUUUAAUCGAAACAAAAAAUGGUAUUCAAAAUAGAAAAGAAAAGAAAACAAAAGACAUCUUGAAUGAGAAAAUCUUCCGUCUUCAAAACGAAUAGCGAGUAGGGAAAAAAAAAUAUUAGUGCGAAAGAAGCGUUUUAUCGUCGUAAUGACAGUUCGGGAAAAAAAUCCUCGAAACGACUGAGACACGUGACCUUGUAUUCGAAACAAACGAUUACAAGGUGAGAAAAAAAAAAGAACAGAGCCGACUAUCCAGAAAUUAUCUUAUAACGUCGUCAUCACUUCGCACUUUUAAAUCAGGCAUUUAUUUAUUUAUGAUGUCAGAAAGUAAAAGAAAAGAAAAAAAAAAUACAAAAAAAAAGACAGAUUUUGGGAUAUUUGUCCAGAUAAUAUAUCCUCUCUUUAUCAUCGUAAUUAUUGUAUGAUGUUAAUUAUAUAUUCUACGUCGCAGCAGGAGACUCGAUGGUGAGAUAUUGGGAGAAAAAGAUUAAAGAAGCGAAAAAGAAUUGAAAUGAAAAUUAUAACUCUCAUACCUGUAAUCGUAUAAACGCUUAAAUCCGUACAGUGUGUACCUGAAUGUAUAAAUGGUAGCAUCUAAGCGAUACUAUAAUUGUAUACAUUUAUGAUAUAAUAUAUUCAUUGUUAAUGAUU